AUUUGUUUUCAGUUGUUUUGUGAUUUCCAGCUGGUGAGUUUAUCAAUUGCGGACCAGCGAUUAAAAAGUGAAUUGUAAAUUGUGAAAAUAUUAAACAUAAUUUAACUUUUUGUUAAAAAUUAAUUGCACGAUCAGACAAAAAAAAAAAAAAAAAAAGAAAAUAAUUAGUGACAAAGCAAUUUUGACAUCUUUUCACUUCUUUUUAAGCAAACGUGUUAAUAGCUAGCGAACACGUAACGAAAAAAACAUAAAUUACGAAAGUUUUAAGGAAACUAUUAUCUAAAUAAAAGUUGAACAAAAAAAAAUCCCUCAAAGAAAUAAACAAAAUGCGUUUCUACGCAGUUGGAGCAACAGUUGCGCUGCUUUUAAUAAUACAAGCAGCUGCUGGACAAGAGGCUAAUAAUGUUGAGCCAGAGGAGGAAACACAAACGAUAGAACCUGUAACAGAGGAACCCAUUAAAUAUGUGCAUGUACUGAAUCCCGGUGAACGCGAGUAUCUCUCCCCCAAUUUAAUCGGUGUACAAAACAUUGCAAUGACAUUCUUGCCACUUUCCAUGAAUUUCAUCAACAUAAUCGAUGCUUUUAGAGAGAUUGUUAAUGGGGUGCGCUAUGAAAUUGUGCUGAAUGCUGUCAACACCGAGGACAAUAAUGCCGACAUUAUCUGUCGUUUGGUUAUAUUGGAGAAACCUUGGUUACGCACCGAAUGGGGUGACAAAGUACGCGAAUUGCAACAUUCGAAUUGUACAGCGGAGGCUCUUGGUGAUAGCACCACUCCUGUGCCAGCCAGUGGCAUCAAUGAUAAGUAUGUUAAAAGUACGGUUUUUAAUGGAGGUUCUCGUAAUGAACUCUCUGAUGAUGAAAUGAAACGUUUAGAAGAUCAAAUAUUCUCUUCUGCCAUUAGUUACAAACGUAUGCCCUCGAAUAAGUUUAUAACACCAACCACAAGUACAAGUACCACCACAACCACAGAGAAAUCGAUUGUAGAAGACCAACAACAACAAGAGGAGGAGGUUGUCGAUACCACCACCACCACCAUAGCAACCGAUAACAUUGACAAUAAUGACCAAGAGGGUGAUGAAUCCAACUCAUACCCGGCAACUACAGAACAAACCACAAUAGUAGACGACAAUGACCAGUUGGCAGUGGACACAAAUCCAACUGAAUUGCCUCAAUAUCAAAUAACUUCAUCAUCGACCACAGCUGUACCUGAGCUAAGUGCCGAUGAAAUGAAAUGGUUAGAUGACAUUUUCUCAGUUGGUGCAUUAAACUUUGAAAAUAAUUUAAGUUCGGUGCCAUCCGGUGACACAAGCUAUGAUAAUCUACAGCAACAGGAGCAGAUCGAAGAAGAACCGUUUGUACGCAGACUCAAACGUAGUGAAGGAAACGCAAUCGUAGGAGGAGUGGAGAAAUUCAGUAACGAGGAUGCCGAAAAAGAAUUGCAAAACUCAUUAAGUAAACUAGCCAGUGGUGAUGGUCCCUCCUACAAAAUUUCCAAAGUUCAUGCUGCCACCAAACAAACUGUUGCUGGUACUUUAACUAAAAUCGAUUGUGAUCUCAUUGCUGCCGAUGGCAAAGAGGAAAGAUGUGAGGUGCAAAUAUGGUCUCGUGCCUGGUUGAAAGAUGGUAAUGAGGUAACCAUUAAUUGUCCCAAUAAAGAGUUGGUGAAAAAACGUCACAGCCGUUCUGUAGAAUAUGCCGAAAAGAAAUCACACAAAAAACAAAAUCAUCACAGUUUAAGUAAAGUAGAACAUUUAUUUGCGAAAUUCCAAAUAAAAUAUAAUCGUCGCUAUCACACCUCCAUGGAAAGACAAAUGCGUAUGCGUAUAUUUAAGCAGAAUUUGGAAAUGAUUAGACAAUUGAAUGAAAACGAAAUGGGCAGUGCUAAAUAUGGCAUUACUGAAUUUGCCGAUUUGACCAGCACUGAAUACAAACAACGUACCGGUUUGUGGCAAAGAGAUCCAGUUAAAGCCGCUGCCACCCCUAAAGCUACCAUUCCUGAUGUUGAGCUACCCAAAGAAUUCGAUUGGCGUUCUAAGGGUGUAGUCUCACCGGUCAAAAAUCAAGGCAAUUGUGGUUCCUGCUGGGCUUUCAGUGUAACUGGUAAUAUUGAAGGUUUACAUGCAGUUAAAACUGGUGUUUUAGAGGAAUACUCCGAACAGGAAUUGUUGGAUUGUGAUACCUCGGACUCAGCUUGUAAUGGUGGUUUGCCUGAUAAUGCUUUUGAUGCCAUUGAAAAGAUUGGAGGAUUGGAAUUGGAAUCAGAUUAUCCUUAUCAUGCCCGCAAGGAACAGUGUCAUUUUAAUAAAACCAAAAUUCAUGUUAAAGUUAAGGGUCAUGUAGAUUUGCCUAAAAAUGAAACAGCUAUGGCUCAAUGGUUGAUUGCUAAUGGACCCAUAUCAAUUGGUAUCAAUGCCAAUGCCAUGCAAUUCUAUCGUGGCGGUGUCUCACAUCCCUGGAAAAUGCUUUGUUCUAAGAAGAAUCUUGAUCAUGGCGUCCUAAUUGUUGGUUUUGGUAUCUCUGAAUAUCCCUCGUUCAAUAAAUCUUUACCCUAUUGGAUUAUCAAGAAUUCAUGGGGUAGUAAAUGGGGUGAACAGGGUUAUUAUCGUGUUUAUCGUGGCGAUAAUACUUGCGGUGUUACCGAGAUGGCCAGUAGUGCUGUAUUAGAUAUUUAAGAUUAAUGUUGCAAACAUAAACGAACGCAUAAUAUUUAAAUAUACAAUUUUAUAUGUAAAAUGAAAGCUAAAACAAAACGAUAAAAACAAAACUCCUAUAAUCCUCAAACAUACGUAUUUUUUUACAACAAAACAAACAACCACAUUUAUUCGUACUAGUAAUUUUUUAUUGUGAAUUUUUUAGUUUUUUUUCUGUUAUGUUCUGUUUGUGUUUUUGUUUUAAUUAUAUAUUUCAUAUGUUAGUAAUUAAAUGACAACAACAAUAUAUAAAGCCACAACAAAAAAAAGAAGUCAUAAAUUGUGCAAAAAAGCAGCAAAAUCUCAUUAUAAUCAUAAUCUUCUUAUAUACAACAAAAAAAAAGCACAAACAAAAAAAAAUUAAUCACAGUCAUACAUAUACUUAUGCUCAACAAACAUACUCACACACACUCAUAUAAACACUUAUUAUUAAUUGCACACACUAUGUACUACAUUUAAUAACAAUAACAACAACUAAUUAUUAUAAAUAAAUAAACAAAAAAUAAGGAAUGUCA